CACCACACUCACAUCGUCUUCUUCAUCAUCAUCAUCAGAGAACACAAACCCACUUCUCAAAAUCCAAACUUUCCAUAAAAGAAAAAACUCUAGUCAUGGGUUUGAUCUCAUCUCCCUCAGUGGAAGACUCUCACUACUACACACACAAGAUCUUCCUCUUCUCCAACUACAUCCUCCUCGGAGCCGCCACGAGCUGCAUCUUCCUCACCCUCUCCCUCCGCCUCAUCCCCUCCAUCUGCGGCUUCCUCCUCAUCCUCCUCCACUCCACCACCAUCGCCGCCGCCGUCUCCGGCUGCACCGCCGCUUCCUGCGGGAGAAACCGGUGGUACGCCGCACACAUGGUCGCCACCGUGAUCACGGCCAUAUUCCAGGGCUCCGUCUCCGUCCUCAUCUUCACCAACACCGCUAACUUCCUCGGAAGUCUCAAGUCGUACGUCCGUGAGGAAGAUGCUGCUGUGAUCUUGAAGCUCGGCGGUGGGCUUUGCAUCGCGAUCUUUUGUCUUGAUUGGGUCGUGCUUGUGUUGGCUUUCUUCUUGAAGUAUUACGCAUAUGUCGAGGGUGGUGAUGGAAGAGGGGUUGUUGCGGUGAAGAGGAGCGGUAAGGUGCAGAGUGAUGAGAAUCCUAAGGAUUGGCCGUGGCCUUUCCAAGUUUGAUGAAGUUUAGUGUCUCUGUCUUCUUGUCGUUUUGAGAGAGGUAUAUCAGUAUCAAUUGUUGUCUUUUGAUCUGUGUUCUGUCGGUGGUGAUGUGAUUUGUUCAUUUGUUGUAUCUGUCAUUGUCGACAAUGAUGACUACAUAAUAAAUAUAAUAUGUUUUCUUUAA